AUGCCGGAGAUUCAGAGUUACCUCUCCCCUCAGAGCACAGAGCAUUUACGCAGCUCCAACGGAGUCAGCCAGGAGAGGCUAGGUGAUGCGAAAGACGACAUGAGUGACCUGCAAGUGAACGGGAACGCUGGUCAUUAUGCUCUGGAUGUAGAGGAGGUUGAAGAAGACUCUAGUGCGCAGCUUAACAUGCGUGGAGUUUUUCUGCAUGUUUUUGGAGAUGCCUUAGGCUCAGUAAUUGUGGUAGUGAAUGCCUUGCUCUUUUAUGGGUUGUGGAAUCCAUGCCCCAAAGAUGGGCCCUGCUUUAAUCCAUGUAUCAAUAACCACUGCAUGGAAAAUGCUACUUUAUUCCAAACACUUGGCAGAGCAAACAAGUCUGAGCAAGAGAGCGUUACGGUGGCGGGUCCAUGCUGGUUGCUAUAUUUAGAUCCUGUCCUUUGUUUGAUAAUGGUUUGUAUACUCCUUUACACAACUUACCCAUUACUUAGGGAGUCAGCCCUUAUACUUCUACAGACUGUUCCCAAACAGAUAGAUGUUCAUUCUUUGAACUCAAAAUUACGUACCCUUGAAGGGGUUGAAGCUGUCCAUGAAUUACACAUUUGGCAGCUAGCAGGCAGUAGGAUCAUUGGCACUGCUCACAUAAAGUGUCCUGACCCUUCCACCUACAUGAUGGUGGCAAAGCGCAUAAAAGAGAUCUUUCAUGACGAAGGGAUUCACGCAACUACCAUUCAGCCCGAGUUUGCCAGCGUUGGCUCUGAAUCGGGGAGAGGGAAAUGCGCGUUUCCUUGCAGGACUCAGUGUGCUCUGAAGCAGUGUUGCGGAACGGGAGAAGAUAGUACUGCAAAGAAGACAGAAAAAUCUUCGUCACUUAGUAUUUCUUGUUCAGAAGUUGUCAUUGAAUUUCCAAAAACUAGGAGGACUAAGUCGGAGAGCAUCCCUUCAGUUAAGCUAGAGGCAAACACCGAUCAAAACGAGCAGUUUGAAUCAUCUUUGUAACUCCCCGAAUGGUGCUGCCCGAGUUUUGGUGACUUUGACAACAGCUGUAUUGCAAGAGGAAGAGACGGACGUUGGAGAUGCAAUUUUGCCAAAUAGUGUAAUUGCUGAAGUCCUUGUUCUUGUCACAUUGCUAAAUCUAGAACGCUUGUUUUGAAGAAUUUCACUGUCGUGAUACAAUGUGUUUGUGAUGACUUUGUACUGAGACAGACAGAAAGUGCGCCAAUGCUGUAACAACUUCAGAAAACCAGUUUCAGCAUUUCAGCAGAGACACUUUUUGCUGUGCUUCAGAUGAAAAUAUUUUUCCAGUGAAAAGGUAUUUGAGGGGUAAGCGUGUAGGAACUCAAUUUGUGUUACAGAUUUCUCGGGCCUACUCUUUCCUUUAAUAUUUGAUUUGUAGAUAUUUUAAUAUAUUGUUUAUUUAGAAGCCCUAAGGAAACCAAAGUUCAUAGAACAUUUUUUAAAGUUAUAACUACUUAAAACUGGAAACCACUUUGCAGUUUCACAUAUUUUUCUUAAACCUAUAUAAUAGUGAAUGUGAAGGCUUUUCUAAUGAAUUUAUCAUAUAGCAUAUUUUAAAGAGAACAUCGUGAUUGUUAGAAACUGUCCCCACUUUUACUGGUAAGGUAGCGAGGUAAUUAAAAUCAGCUGCUUGUGAAAAUACCAGAUGUGAAAGGGUUUUUUUUCUAUCAGAGUGGAAGUUCAAGCUGCUGUAUACUGCUCUCUGAUCAAGACGUGAGACUGACCGAUAAAGUAACGCAUACUUU